UUGCCUUAGGGGACCAUGGACAUUCAAGCAUACUUUGAAAGGAUUGGUUACAAGAACUCAGUGAAUAAACUGGACUUGGCCACAUUAACUGAAGUUCUUCAGCACCAGAUGCGAGCAGUUCCUUUUGAGAAUCUUAACAUGCAUUGUGGAGAGGCCAUGCAUCUGGACUUAGAGGCCACUUUUGACCACAUAGUAAGGAAGAAGAGGGGUGGAUGGUGUCUCCAGGUUAAUCAUCUGCUCUACUGGGCUCUGACCAAAAUGGGCUUUGAAACCACAAUGUUAGGAGGUUAUGUUUACAUAACUCCAGCCAGCAAAUAUAGCAGUGAAAUGGUCCACCUUCUAGUACAGGUGACCAUCAGUGACAGGAACUACAUUGUAGAUUCUGCUUAUGGAGGCUCCUACCAGAUGUGGGAGCCUCUGGAAUUGAUAUCUGGGAAGGAUCAGCCUCAGGUGCCUUCCAUCUUCCGUUUGACAGAGGAGAAUGGAACGUGGUACUUGGACCAAAUCAGAAGGGAGCAGUAUGUUCCAAACGAAGAAUUUGUUAACUCAGACCUCCUUGAGAAGAACAAAUAUCGAAAAAUCUACUCCUUUACUCUUGAGCCCCGCAUUAUAGAAGAUUUUGAAUAUGUGAAUACCUACCUUCAGACAUCGCCAGCGUCUGUAUUUGUAGGCACAUCGUUCUGUUCCUUGCAGACCUCAGAAGGGGUUUGCUGUUUAGUGGGCUCCACCUUUACAAGUAGGAGAUUCAGUUAUAAGGACAAUGUAGACCUGGUUGAGUUUAAGAAUGUCAAUGAGGAAGAAAUAGAAGAUGUACUGAAAACUGCAUUUGGCAUUUCUUUGGAGAGAAAGUUUGUGCCCAAACAUGGUGAACUAGUUAUAACUAUUUAGGGUUA